AUGAUUCCAAACCACCAUUCAGCUCACCUGCUUCAUUUGUCUCAACAGGCCAUCACCGAUGAACUUUCAGGCACAACUUUGACCGCAUUUUGGGCCAACAUCUCCUUCACGGUAGCAGUUGUUGUCAUCCAACCGAUCUAUACCAGUUUUUCUGAUAUUUUCGGUCGCAAGAUUCCUCUCUACGCGGCUUUUACACUUUUUGGUGUUGGAUCAAUCGUCUUCGCUGUCGCACAUAACAUGGCUGUUCUCAUUGUAGGACGUGUGCUACAAGGACUAGGCGGAGGUGGCCUCGACGUCCUGAGCGAGGUCAUUGUCGCUGACAUCACCACUCUGCAAGAGAGAGCUGUGUAUAUCGGUUUACUAUCCCUUCCAAUGGCUGCAGGAUGCAUUGCAGGACCCAUUCUCGGGGCAGUCUUUAGUGAAUAUGUUACGUGGCGAUGGAUUGGCUGGAUCAAUCUACCUAUCAUUGGAGUUGCCCUCUUUUUAUCAAUCUUCUUUAUGCGUCUGAAACCCAUUGAUCAGUCACUUCGCUCGCAACUUGGCCGUAUAGACUGGCUUGGAAUGCUACUCUUUACGGCCGGUUGUGUUCUCUUCGCCCUACCGCUGAGUUGGGCAGGGAAUAUGUAUCCAUGGGGCUCGUGGCGAACCAUCGUCCCGCUGAUCAUUGGUGUUCUAAUAUUGGUGGGAUUCGGAUUUUAUGAGUCUCAUCAGACCGACGCUGUGUUUCCCUCCCGUAUCUUCCGCUCAAGAACCGCCCAAAUGUCUCUGCUUGGAAGCUUUAUCCACGGGUUCGUGCUGUAUACUCUUCUACAGUAUCUUCCACUGUUUUUCCAAGCGGUUUACCUCGAAUCUCCGCUCAGAUCUUCCAUCUCAAUUCUACCAUUCUGUUGUGUCGUCUUCGUGUUUACAGGAAUUGCGGCCUUCGCCGUGGAUCUCUUUCGGACAUACCUAUGGGAAAUAUGGGCCGAAUGGAUAUUUCUCGCCGUUGGCUGUGGUAUUUUUGCAGUGUGGGACCAAUCUUCCUCACAAGCCGUGAGUUCCAGUGUCCAGGUGAUUGCUGGGAUUGGAAUUGGCACAAUAUUCAGCGUUCCUCCAAUACCGAUGCAAGCCAGCGCUUCAUCCGAUGAUCAAGGCCUCGCAAUGGGAAUUAUGGUCGCAUUCAGGCUGUUUGGUGCUCUCAUUGGUCUUGCAGUUGGCGCCACUACAUUCAGCAGUGUUUUCGCCAAUAGGAUAGCCGGUAUCGCACUGCCUGCUUCUCUGGCAUUGGUGAGAGACCCCAGUGAAGCAGUGAGCUUUAUUCCUUAUCUACGAACGGCCGACAUCUCCCCUGGUCUGCGGGACCUCAUUCGAGAGGCGUACAAGGACGCCAUGCAGACAAUCUGGUAUGAGCUUGCAGCGUUUGGAGCAGUGGGGUUUCUGAGCUCCCUGUUUGUGGAAGAACUGACCAUGGAGACGGAAGAGCUGGGUCGUCAACAUUUUGAGCGCGAGUUAGAAUAA